AUGGAGCCCCAAGGAAUAAGAGAAGAAGCCUUCCCCGCGCGGAGCAGACAAGAGAUGGGCACAGUGAACGGCGUCCCUACCGAAGUCACUUCCGUGUCCUUCUCUGACAAGUUCAUGGUGACAAUCUCCCAAGACGGCAAGCUUUCACAAUGGAUCCAAGUGCCUCUGCAAGCAUCGUCAGGCGGCAUGGUCGACCUGAGCCUGCCGUCAAGUAGCGGGGGACUGCUUCCUUCCGUCCACCUCACACCCAAGACUCUUCUCGGCGGAGGUGGCGAUGAGAGGGAGACUCUCGGGCAGCUCUACGCAGCGCAGAUUGCCAGUCUUAUCUCUACCAGAGACCCAGAAGAUCGUAGGACACUGGUUCUCGGGUUGGGACUCAAUAAGGUCGACACCGAGAGGGAGGCCUUCUUUGACACGAUGGAGCUGAUACAAAAGGUGCUAUAA